ACAUAGUAACCGCGGUAAUUUAAGCGAUGGCCGUACCGUUUUCAAAUACAAAGCUACGCGUGCCUUUAGGGUUUCCAAGUCUUCUAGAAGGGUUGUCAAGGGAAGUAUUGCGCCAUCAACCGAAAGAUAUUUUCGGUUUCGCAGAAAAGUAUUUUGAGGGACUUUUGAGAAAGCGGGAAGAAACUGGGACGGAAGACAUUGCUCAGCUGACAUCUCGACUUUAUGAUAGGUACUACAACAAUCAGGCAUAUUGUCGUCUUCAUUUGAGUUCGUCAGAUGCGGAGCAGAAAAAAGCUGCAGUAACCAUCCAAACUGAAUAUCGCCGACAUCACGCACAACUUCAAACGGAGGAAGUACGCAAAGAGGUAGCAGCUGUACAAAUUCAAUCCUGUUAUCGCGGCUAUCGCACAAGAAAAGCUUUGAAAAUUGGAGAUUCUGGACAGCAAACGUGGGCCGACGCAGGCGAAUAUCCACGUGAGUGCAAGAGAGCAGAUAACUUCAUUUCCGACGAAGAGGCCUCACCAGAGGCAAGUAUACAGACACAGUCGGAAGAUUAUACUCUCGAAAAAUCCUAUCAAGACCAAAGUCCAGGAACCGAAAGAAGUGAUUAUAUCCCUGCCUCACUAACUGAGGAACCGGAGGCAAAUCUGACCCAAGUAAAUACCACAGAAGAAGCAUCGAAAUCCCAGGUUUCUCCAUUCACAGACCAAAAGAAUUCCACAGAAAUGUCCUCAGAAGUUGACAUCAAUUUGGAAGAUCCUGAAGUUGAAAAGGCUGCACUGAAAAUUCAAGCCCACUACAAAGGCUUUAAAAGUUGUAAAAAACAGACUGCGUCGGACCCCAGUUCUGAAGCAAAAGUUCAGAAACCUGCUAGCUUGGAAUCAAACGAUCUUUUCGGUUCUGGCACACAGUUCCUCCCACAAUCGAUAUUCUUUUGACUCCAUUUUAAGCAUACAUGUCCGUCUCGUUUCCAAAGUCAUUUAUUAUUUUGUGUACGUCUAUUCACACUGAACUUCAUCUGAAAAUGUUUUCAACUCACUGGGUAACUUAACUACUGCAUUGUUUCCAGACAAACGCAUCUCAUCUAUUGAUAUUGCUGCCUCGACUACCAGCAUUAUUUUGCUCUGCAUUUGUAGUAUAACCUCUUUAUGUGUCAGUCUAUAGUAUUAGAAAGGAUUUAGUCUCGUGUCAA